AUGCCAAUCACAGGUGUCUAUUUCAUCCCAGCACACCCAAACGCCUCCACAGCCCUGGGAAACAUAACAGAGCGUCUGCGCUCCUCCUUCCCAGAUGAAGACCUAAUCCAAUUAGGCCGGUGGACACUAGAGCAGAAGCUCAUGCGUGACACACCGGGCCUAUUACCCGCGUCCUCGGGUCCAAACCAACGCCCCUCAAAGCCACGGUAUAUGCAAUUUCUCUCGCUGAGCCAUUACCACAACCACGGCUUUAUUUAUACCUCGGAGCCAGCAGAGAAACCGUUCCACCCGCCUAACGCAGCUUCGCCCUCGCCUGCUGCUACCCCAGCUACGCCGGGGGCUCAGGGUGUGGGUGCGGGCGCUGGCGCUGGCGCGGCGACGACGGGAAAUGCCAACGAGAGUACGACGAGUAAUAUCUCGCCGAUGCUAAUGACGACGGUACCGCACUCCUCAUACGCGACUCUGUUCCAGCAUUUCACCUACGCGUGCCAGCCCUUCUGGUGUCACCGAUUAACCGUCGUGGUGCAGAACGGCGUGUUCUACGAUAUCGGCGAUUUCCGCGUGCGACUGGGCGAUGUGCGACAGAGUUAUCCGACGAAUCGUGUUCGUGGGACGGUCGUUGAGAUCGAAUGGCGUGGUCCUUCGGUGGUUGAUUCUCUAGAUGGGGCUGUUACGUCCGAUGUCAAUGGGGAGACGGAUUCUGGCGUUGAUGUGUCUUUGUCUGCGUUGGAGGAGAGUGAUGUUGAUGCUGAAUUUGCGGCGACGGCGUUGCUGAUUCGCGAGUUUUGGGGCCGGCUUGGGGUUGAAGGGGCCAGGGAGGCUAUCCUUGUUCCUGGGGUUGGGAGUGAAGUUAAGGAGCGCCUGGUGAAGAUUAAGGGUUCGAGGAAUAGCGGGGGUGGACUUUCUGUUAGUGCUGAAGAUGACCCUGAUCCGCAGGCUGGGGCCGAUGUGGCGAGGCAGUAUAUGGAGGUUUUACGGUUUAAUCGGUGA